GUCAAUAUCAAAAUCAACAAGAUGACUAGUAAAUUCUCAUAAACUUUCCCGUUUAACUCGUAAUUACAAUCCCAGUUGUUCAGCGCAAAUAAAAAGUCCCCAUUCUCCAUAACGUUAACUACGCAGGUACAUAAUGGGUCAGAACCAAUCGGGCCCCGGCGGCGGUGAGAAGAAGGAUGAGAAAGACAAAAAGAAAAAGUACGAGCCCCCAAUACCCACCAGAGUGGGCAAGAAGAAAAGGCGCACCAAGGGCCCAGAUACCGCUCUGAAACUACCGGCCGUAACUCCGCAUACUAGAUGCAGAUUGAAACUGCUCAAGCUGGAGCGCAUAAAGGAUUACCUUCUGAUGGAGGAAGAGUUCAUCCGCAACCAGGAGCGACUGAAGCCCCAAGAGGAGAAGAAUGAAGAAGAAAGGUCCAAGGUCGAUGAUCUCAGAGGUACACCGAUGUCUGUGGGUACUUUGGAGGAAAUCAUCGAUGAUAACCACGCUAUCGUUUCUACCUCUGUAGGCAGUGAACAUUACGUUAGCAUCUUAUCGUUUGUUGAUAAAGAUCAAUUAGAACCGGGGUGCUCAGUUCUUCUAAAUCACAAGGUUCACGCUGUAGUUGGAGUCCUAGGCGACGAUACCGAUCCGAUGGUAACCGUGAUGAAAUUGGAGAAAGCCCCGCAAGAGACUUACGCCGAUAUCGGAGGAUUGGACAAUCAAAUUCAAGAAAUCAAAGAGUCUGUUGAACUGCCACUCACUCAUCCUGAAUACUACGAAGAAAUGGGCAUCAAGCCGCCCAAAGGUGUCAUAUUGUACGGGCCCCCGGGUACCGGAAAAACGCUACUGGCCAAGGCGGUAGCCAAUCAGACUUCGGCCACGUUUUUAAGAGUCGUGGGAUCUGAACUGAUUCAGAAGUAUUUGGGAGAUGGUCCAAAAUUAGUGAGAGAGCUGUUUAGAGUAGCCGAAGAGCAUGCGCCAUCUAUCGUAUUUAUUGACGAAAUCGACGCCGUAGGUACUAAAAGGUACGAUUCGAAUUCAGGUGGUGAGAGGGAAAUCCAGAGGACCAUGUUGGAGUUGUUGAAUCAAUUGGACGGGUUUGAUUCUCGAGGAGAUGUGAAGGUUAUAAUGGCUACUAAUCGUAUAGAAACAUUAGACCCGGCAUUGAUUAGACCAGGUCGUAUCGAUAGAAAAAUCGAGUUUCCCUUGCCUGAUGAAAAGACCAAAAAGAGGAUAUUUAACAUUCACACGUCAAGAAUGACACUGGCCGAGGAUGUUAAUCUUCAGGAGCUCAUUAUGGCUAAAGAUGAUCUUUCUGGGGCCGAUAUUAAGGCUAUUUGUACGGAAGCGGGUUUGAUGGCGCUGAGAGAAAGACGAAUGAAAGUCAUGAACGAAGAUUUCAAAAAGUCCAAAGAAAGCGUCCUGUACCGUAAAAAGGAGGGGACCCCAGAGGGCCUUUACCUUUGAAUAGAUUAAAUUCGUUAUAAUUUAUAUAAUUUUUUUUCUAAUAAAAAAUAAUCGUCUCUGAAAAGGGCACCCGCAAGCUUUUAAAAUUUAA